AUGGAUCAAGAUACGCCCCCAAAUGCAAGGUCCUUAAUCUUGGAGCUGCUGCUUGAAGACGUGAAAGACAAGAUUGACAAGUUCGAAGCUCAACUGCUGCUGAAGGAUACAAACCAACCAGCCUGCCAGCCAGAAGGACUAGAGCCCGACAGGGGAGUGGCUCUCCUUAUAUGGAAAUCUGAACUCGAAAGACAGAGAGUCAUAUUGAGCGAUUUUCAGUUGGCCACAGCUCUGUUGCUUGGAAGGGAGGCAGAAGAGACCCCGUUGCCCAAGGAAACAAAGACAUUCGCCAAAUUUAUCUCUACUGUUAUUCAAAAGCUAGUUCACUCUCUCAAGAGCAUCAUGCGUUCCAUCAAAGUCCUGAGUCCGACCAAAUACUCCCAGCCCGAGAUCUGCACCUCCUGCAGAGAAGACUGCAGCGAAAUCUUCAAAGCACAAUGCUCCCACUUCUAUUGCAAGAACUGCCUAAUCCGGAUGGUCACGAAAUCCUUACAAGAUGAAUCCUUGUUCCCUCCUCAAUGCUGCCACAAGCCAAUCAAAGGCUCAGACAUGAAGAAGAUGAUGGGGCCUGCAUUAGUGCAAGAACAAAAGAACAAGGCAACUGAGCUCAGCGAUCCAGACCGAACCUACUGUUCAGAUUUGACCUGCUCUCGAUAUAUCUCGCCAGCCAUAGGAUUUUGGCCAGUUUCUACUUUGAAAACAGUUGGUACCUGCAAGUGUGGCGUACAAACGUGCAGGAAGUGCAAGAGGGGAGCCCAUAGGGGCAAGUGUCUAUCUCCACUAGACAAGCCAUUGGAGAAGUUGAUGAAGAGCAAAAAAUGGCUGCGGUGCAAAAAAUGUGGCCGUGUGAUUGAGCUCAACCAGGGCUGUCAUCAUAUCACCAUGAAAAACGUCAGUAUGGGUACUGCUAUGUCAAUGGGAUUAGAGACAGAAGAUGACUUGUCCAAGUCCGAGAAAAAAAGAACCUCUUCCAAUUCCCUCCGUAUCGACAUCCAGCAACUUGGUAAUUCCAUCGAAAAUGCCAUCAACUUGACCGAUUCCCCGAAACCCGAUAUUUGGCAUGAGUGUGUCUCCUGUCGAGACAACCACCUCCAAGAUGAAAUGAUUAAAACGAAGUGCUCACACUUUUAUUGCAAGGCUUGCUUGGUCCGCCUGUUUAAAAAUGCUUUGCACGAUGAAUCUUUGUUUCCUCCCCAAUGCUGCAAAAAGCCAAUUCCGGCCUCGGAGAAGAUUCUCGGAUCUACAUUGGUUCAAAAGCACAAGGAGAAGGCGAUCGAACUCAACGAUCCAGACCGAACCUACUGUUCUAACUCAAAGUGCGCUCAAUAUCUCCCACGAAAGCCCACCCGUAAUCGUGUUUGCAAAUGCGCGAGUUGUGGAGUACGCACAUGCAGGAAGUGUAAAAAGCGCGAUCACCAGGGAACUUGUGUAUAUAAGCUUGAUGCGCUUCUGGAGGAAUUGGCGGACUCCAAGCAAUGGCAACGAUGCUCUAAUUGUCGUCGUUUGAUUGAGCUCAGCACAGGUUGUUAUCACAUCACGUGCUUUUGCAAGUACGAAUUUUGUUAUUUUUGCGGGAAACGGUGGAAAACAUGCGACUGUAGCUUCGCAGACGAAGAAAAUCUUUACGAACGAGAUGUGUGA